AUGCCUAUAUCCACUUUUAUAUUUCCCAUUUUAUUCUUUUUAAUUUCUUUAUAUUUGUUUCUUAUUUACUUCAAUUUUGGGACGAUUAUUUUGCUAAAUUAUCAAGCCAACUCUGAAUCUUUAUUGCUAUCUCCUCGGGAUAGCCGGGGCUCACCAGACGCGCUGGCCAUCACAUCGAAUAAGUCGUCGUAUCCUUCAACUGGCCAGUCGCAUCAGACAUAUCAUGAAACCUCAAGCAGUAGCAGAACUAGCUCCUUCCACUUGUCCCAAUCUUCCUUCCACUCUCAAUCCUGCUACCCCUCUUUCUCAACAACCAAUCAUAUCUGCAGUAUCCCCUCUAUCUCCUCUUCCUCCAUUUCAUCAGCCACAGUCUCCGAUUUGCACAAGUCACUCACCUCACUUCCUAUCUCUCCGGUUCUCCAACCCGUCGCCUCCAGUCGGCGCAUCUCCCACGACUAUCUUGGGGGAGAUGAUAGAUCCGUCAAACAAAGUCUCACUUGUAUCGGAAAAUCAGAACAAACAGAGCCAGCCGACCGAGACCUUCGCACUUGGCUCAACGCAGAUGAUGAAGGAGACCACAAAGCUGCUAGAACCCAACUCCCAUCUCUCAACAACUCUGUAUCCGGAAGCUUGGUCUCCAUUACGCCAUCAAAGUCUCCGCUCGCCACGUAUUACGAUAGCGACGUUGAGACCUGGAUAUCUAGGACUUGUAAGGAGGUGGCGGUGGUUGCGUCAAGGCGUUCGAACUCGGACAGACAAUCUGCUACACCAACGUCAAGGACAGAUAAUAUCAUCUCUACUCCCAAUGACCCUCGAGACCGAACCUCUUCUGGUCGCUUUGCCACCUUCAAAGGCGAUUUUGUCCCCUGUCAAAGAAAGCCUGAUUCAUCCAAUCGUAAUCCUUCGACCACAUCAAAUUCACCAAAAGACCACCAUAGGGUCAACGAAAAGAAAGCGAUAUUUCUCACUAUCACCUCGGAUCAGGACGGCAGAAAAGCAAUUCCUGGAGCUAACCAGUCCGACACACAGUCUCCUCUCGCUUUCGAAGCUGCGAUACAUUCAGGUCGAAGCGAUGAUUCCUCUCAAUCAACCGUCAUCCCGGCUUCGACCCUCACAUCUCCAUCCUUACUCGCCAAAGGCGUUCGAAAGGAUUCAGAUGUAUCUUACCAAGGAAGAAGAAGCCGAUGCAUAGAGUUUCGACGGACUGGGUAUUCGGGCAGCUUAGAAGUGUCGAAAGGUCAACAAUUUUCUUCGCUGCCUCGAAGUGAGUUAGAGACUUCUGAGUUGUCAGAAGAGGAUAGGGCUGGGUGGCCUGGCCUGAAUGACACUGAAUUGGCGGAUAUGUUGGCUGACACUCUUCAACGUGAAGAAGUAAUUACUGAUGUGUCAAUUCACUUACUCCCAUCUCCAUUAUCUAAGACCCGCCAAGUUCCUUUGGGGCUGAGUCAGUCAGAGGUGCCAAUUGGGCCAAGCAAUGGAUUGGUUAAUAGAGCCCAAUUAUCACCAAAUAAGCUGAAGUUGGUUUCCGGUCAUUCAGCAUCUCUAUCUAAAAUCGAGCAUCCUUUACCACAACCCCACUCUUACCACCUUAUUCAGCAUGAUAUGACCCAAAAGAUCCACAUUCACCACAAUCUUCAUUCGCAGCUAUCUCUACCUGACCGUCUUGCCCAAAAGAUCCAUUCGAACACUUCAGGAUCUUUCAAACAAUUGCGUGGAUCUCCAACCAAUGUUUCACAUUCAACAAACCAGCAGCAAUCAUAUAUGCCAGAGAAGGUCAUUCUGCUCUCAAAUGCUGGAAAUAGAAAGGGCAAGACCAGCACUAAGAGUAGUAGGCCGCUUCUCACAAAGUUUGAUCCUCAGGACUGGCAUUCACAAUUUACAGUCAAAUCUUGUGAUAGCGACGCGCUAACUUGUAGCACAACUAGCAACUUUAGUCAUAGCAGCAGUAUAAUUGAUGAUAAUAAGCCAGGCGAUGUCCAUCGUCUGACUCAAUCGAAUUGUAACUUGCUUCGCAAUGAACCUUACUGGCCAAUCGGCCUCAAAUACCAGCGUACCAGUGGCUCAUUCGGAAAUGAUCAACCCUUAUCCGGGAUUGUUCUCGCCAAGCACAAUCCUAUUCUAGACCCUGACUUACAGGAUAGCCGCAGAGUCGCUCACUCCACGAGCACUUCUCCACAGCCAACUGCCUUCUCAACGCUUUCUUUUUCGCCUACCAGUAGGCCUUCUCCAGUCAAAACUAUACCUAUCACUCCUUUAUGUUCAUAUUCGUGUGAAAUUCCUGCUUCUCCAUUACUCAGAAUUCCUCUUAAACCACAACUUUCUACUUCUCCCCAUUCUUCGCCAGUCCCUUCUGACUUCACCAGCCUUAAUCCCAAGAAAUUUUUUCUAGCUCUUCAUCUAAAUGGGCCUUGCCAUUCUAAUAAUACCAUCACUUCGCCAGACACCGAAAUCCCCCGCGCAGCGGCCCACAUUUUUACUCGAAACAGAACAACCCAGUCUUUGUCUACUACACCAUUCGAGAACAUGGCCUACUUUAGUAACACCUCAGCAAAUGUCAGAAACGAAGUCAAGCCGCCUUUUGACAAAUUUUUGUCUUUUCAACACCUCAAUCGAGAUAUUCUUUUGUCUGAGACCCACUUAGCCAAAGACAAAGUCGCAUCUACUUCCCGACUCGUGGACGAAUUGCAUAAUCAGAAAAUGGGGCCUAAGCUCCAGACAGGUGGCUUAUUCGGCUCAGAAUGUGAGAGAAGUCUGCAAAUCUCAGAAGACCAAGUGAAUGCCUUUAUGAAAGGAUCGGUAAUGGCUAUUGCUAUUGUCAAGAUUCCUUGCUUCCUGUUUGCACUAAAUUCACACUGA